UCAAUUUAUCGUAACCUAAAUAUCACGAUUGGAUUUUGAACAUGGAAGGAAAAAGCACCCUUCACAGUGGAGAGCAACCAUACAUGUGCACUGUGUAUGGACGAGGUUUCAGUCAAUCAGUUGACCUGUCGAGGCACAAGCGCAGUCACACGAGGGAGAAACUGUGGAAAUGUGGGGACUGUGGGAAGGGAUUCAAUUACCCAUCUGAGCUAGAAACUCAUCGGCGUAUUCACACUGGGGAGAAGCCAUUCACCUGCCCUGAGUGUGGGAAGAGAUUCACUCAUUCAUCCAGCCUGUUGACACACCAGCGACAUCACAAUGGGGAGAGACCAUUCACCUGCUGCAAGUGUGGGAAGGGAUUCACUACCUCAUCUUACCUGCUGAUACACCAGCGAUUUCACACUGGGGAGAGGCCGUUCAUCUGCUCUGAGUGUGGCAAGCGAUUCACUCAGCGAUCAUCUGACCUCAUGGUACAUCAGCACAGUCAUACUGGGGAGAGUCCAUUCACCUGCUCAGAAUGUGGGAAGGGAUUCAGUAUCUCAUCCCGUCUGCUUACACACCAGCGAGUUCACACUGGGGAGAGGCCAUUCACCUGCUCUGAGUGUGGAAAGAGAUUCACUCAGUCAUCCCACCUGCUGACACACCGUCGUAUUCACAAUGGGGAGAGACCGUUCAUCUGCUCUGAGUGUGGGAAGGGAUUCACUCAGUCAUCCCAGCUGUCAACACAUUGGCGCACUCACACUGGGGAGAGGCCAUUCACCUGCUCCAGCUGUGGGAAGGGAUUCACCUGUUUAGCACUCCUGCUGACACACCAGCGAGUUCACACUGGGGAGAGGCCAUUCACCUGCCCCAAGUGUGGGAAGAGAUUCACUACCUCAUCUAACCUGCUGAGACACCAGCGAGUUCACACUGACAAGAGACCUUUUAAAUGCCCAGACUGCGGGAAGUGCUAUAAAAAUUCUGGGGACCUGAUGUCCCAUCAACGUGUUCACACUGAGGAGAGACCAUUCAGGUGCUCUCAUUGUGGCACUGGGUUCAGAAGAUCAUCUGACCUCACUCUACACCAGCAUAGUCACACUGAGGAGAGUCCAUUUACCUGCUCCAAAUGUGGUAAGGGUUUCACUACCUCAUCUUGCUGGCUGACACACCAGCGAGUUCACACUGGAGAGAGGCCUUUCACCUGCCCUGAGUGUGCGAAGAGAUUCACUACCUCAUCCAACCUGCUGAGACACCAGCGUGUUCACACUGACAAGAGACUUUUUAAAUGCCCUGACUGCAGGAAGUGCUAUAAAAGUUCUGGGGAACUGCUGUCCCAUCAAAGUGUUCACUGAUGUAAAACCUUUCAGCUGCUCUCACUGUGGUUCUGAGUUCAGGCAAUCAUCUCACCUCACUGUUACACCAGUGCAGUCACAUUGGGGAGAGACUGUCUCAUGCUCGGAGUGUGGGAAGAGACAUGCACCUUUCUGAGACGCCAGCAAGUUCUCACUGGGGAGAGGCCAAUCAUCUGCUUGCUGUGUAAGUAGGGAUUCAGUCUGCUGUUGGACAGUGAUUCACUUGCUCUGUGCGUGGAUCGGGAUUUAAUCAGUCAUACAGCCUGUUGUCGGACAGCCAUUCACUUGUUCUGUUUGUGGGUAGGGAUUCAUUCAGUCAUACCGCCUGCUUUUGGACAGUCAUUAACUUGGCCAGUGUGUGAGUAAUGUAAGAAACUUAUAUUUUUUAUUUCUGUUGGACUGUUGUAAAGAACAAAUCUUUUAUUUUCUGUUGGACUGUGAAUUAAAAUUACAAUGGCUGCAGUUUGAAAGACAUAUCCACUGGAAUAGGUUGAGAGAUAUAUGCAAUGUUGCAGUCGAGGAACAGAGUGUGCCAUAAAAGAUAGGAUCAUGCUGGAAAGGAGUCCUGAACCAAGGGAGCUGCCUGACAAAACAUUUUAAUUGGAUCCUGACUAGGUUUUGUGUGAGGGCAGCGCAGCAGAAUCACUCGAAGCCUGAAAGGAACAAGACCUAAAACCUCUUUCUACUGUGUGUGGAAGAUUCCAGUAAUUCCACAAUAAUAGCUAGCUGGCUUUUUCUCCUCAAAUCUCUAUAACAUGCUCUCUCGCUGAAAACCCCUGUCAAGAGAGAAAGGGGAAAAUCACUGUUAGAGAUGUUGAAA